AUGGGAUUGGCAUCGUCUAAUGAUUUUCCAGAUCCUCUCACUCUCUCGCCGAUCCGAAAAGUACACAUCGUCCUCGCUGGAAUCCUAUUCAUCUUCAAUAGUGCCUUUGGAUCAUCACUUCCCUCAGGCGCCCACGAUGCAAUUGCAGACUCAUUCCACCUCGCCCACGACGAUACAAAGCUCGUCCUUCUGAACUCACUAUACCUUGUGGGGUUCGCCAUCGGUCCACUUAUAUUUGGGCCUCUGAGCGAGCAUGUCGGCCGUAGGCCCGUCCUAAUCGGCACAUUCAGCGGAUAUAUCAUCUUCACCAUGGCCUGCGCGUUAUCGCCAAACUUUCCUGCCUUGCUCGUUUUUCGCCUUCUAUGUGGCUUGAAUGCUGCUUCGCCAAAUGCCGUACUUGGGGGGUUAUAUGCUGAUAUCUUGGAUAAUCCCCAAACUCGCGGUAUCGCUAUGGCGCUUUUCAUGGUGGUCACAGGGUUUGGUCCUCAGCUAGCACCCCUUGUAUCUGGGUUUGUUUCCACGGUAUCGUGGCGCUGGACAUUUUGGGUGGGAUUGGCUGCCGCUGGUGUAGGAUAUCCGUUUAUCCUUUUCAUUCCAGAGACCUAUGUGCCCGUUUUGAAAAAGCGACAUGCGCGACGAUUGGCCAAGGCUGGAAAACAGGAACAGAAUGGUUGCAACACUAUUGAGUCCCAGGGCCCGGGCCAUCGAGGAGAUGGGAUUUUAUCCAUCUUCAUGAGACCAUUUGUGAUGAUUGCAAAGGAGCCGGUCCUUCUCUUUGCUUCGCUUUUCAUGGGCUUCACAUAUGCAAUGUUUUAUCUGUAUUUCCAAGCUUAUCCGAUCAUUUUCCAAAGUAAGACUCCAAUUUCUGGAAAGAAUAUUGGAUUAGACCAAUCACUGAACUUCUUGGCAGAUCUAUAUGGGUUAUCACCGGGCGUAGCAGGGCUCGCAUUCUUACCAAUCAGUGUGGGGGCUUUGGUCGCAUUCUCACUCUUCUUGCUAUAUGGUUCAUACCAUUCUAAGGCUGUGAAAGAGAACAAGGCCUGGGCCAUGCUUGAAGAGUAUCGCCGUUUGCCGCUUGCCGCAUUGGGGGCACCUUUACUACCAAUCGCUCUCUUUUGGUUGGGAUGGUCUUCCAAAUUGUCCAUCCACCCCGUUGUCCCCAUGAUGUCCGGUCUCUUCUUUGGCAUAGGGUACAUCCUGAUCUUUAUGGCCAUGAUCAACUAUCUCACUGAUGCCUACAAGCAGUAUUCUGCAUCAGCGCAGGCUGCUGCAAGUACACUGCGUUCUUGCUUGGCAGUUUGUCUACCGCUGGCCACGAAUCCGAUGUACGGCGAACUGGGGAUCAACUGGGCGAGCUCGCUCUUGGCCUUUAUCGCCAUUCUGCUUGCUGUGAUUCCUUUCGUGUUUAUCAAGUAUGGCCAAUGGAUCCGAAGCCGCAGCCCAUUCUCUCAGCGGGUGAUGAAGGGAGAGUUGACGGAAAGACCAGCAGAGACAGUGGUCUGA